GGUUUGUUCUGGGAGGUGCAUUUGGAAUCUUCACAGCUGGCAUUGACACCAACGUGGGGUUUGAUCCCAAGGAUCCCUAUCGCACGCCAACGGCAAAAGAGGUCCUCAAGGAUAUGGGGGAGAGAGGAAUAUCCUACGCGAAGAACUUUGCCAUCGUGGGUGCCAUGUUCUCCUUCACUGAGUGUGUGGUGGAAUCUUAUCGUGGGAAGUCGGACUGGAAGAACAGCGUUAUCAGCGGCUGCAUCACGGGAGGAGCCAUUGGCUUCAGAGCUGGGCUCAAGGCUGGGGUCAUUGGCUGCGGAGGAUUCGCCGCUUUCUCCGCUGCAGUUGAUUACUACCUACGGUAACAGUCGGAUCCCUCGGGAGCAAGAUUCCCUUCUGUUCCAGAGCUGCUGCUGAGAGCCAGCACAACCAUCAGGGUUACCUUUCCACUGCCUCUGGAGUCCUGAUCAGUGCAAGCUGCACAGCCUUGGCUGCUUUUCUGAAUGACUAACAAUAAUCUGGCUCCAGGCCCUGGCGACUGCUCCGGGCAGACUUGAGGGAGUAUGUGAGGAUGGAGCCAGGCACAGAGCAGCAUCUCCAGGACAGAUCAGCUGACUGUCAGUUUCCAGGAAACAAGCCUGGACUCUGAGCUUUUUCGAUCCUUUGGGUCUGAUUUUGAUUAAGUCUGUUGCUAGCAUCAAAAGAGGCAGAGGAGAGUCUUCAAAGAGAAACGCAGUGAUUUAGGUUACCACGUGUGUGAACGUGCUGCAAGUGUUUAACAGUUGUCAGUUUGCAGCUUGCUACUCUGGUGGGAAGAGGUAAGAUCCUGUGGAGAAAUAAGUUUGUUCCAGGCUUUUCUUAAAAUACCAUCUGAAGACAAACUACCAUCUGUACAAUUGGUCUUAUUUCAAGCACAGAGAUGAGCGCCAGAUUUCUUUACCAUGUCUUAAAGGGAAAAGCAGAAAGGAAUCCUUAGCCUUAGAGCCAUGUGGUUACUGGCAGAGGAACAAAACAGUUUAAGGGGAAAAAAAGAGGUUGUUGCUGAAGUAUAAUUCUCUGUAGCCACUUGGCUAGCCUGAUUUAACCUCGCUGUGGGAGUACAAACAAUGCUGCUACUGCUCUAACUGCCCCAGGCUCACACCAUUAGUUCCAGCAGUUUGAUAGUGAGACUAGAAAGCAGAGUUGUGAGAAUAAACCACUGUUUGACAGA